GUAGUUGGGUAAAAAAGAUGCUCCUACCUCAUCUUUACUGCACAUCAAAAGACAAAGUGAAUCCAAAAUCCAAGUCCAAAACCAAGAACCCAUUUUGAGCAAGUUAAAGAAUCAAGAAAAUCAAGAUUAUCAGAACCCAACUCCCCAUUCUUUAUCAAAAUCAAGAUUAUCAAGAGGGUCCAGAAUAUUUUCUCAACACCUUUCAAUCUCUCAUAAUCAACCCAUGAUUUGCCAUUCAAAAAAACAUAUCCAACAAUAAAAAAUACAAGCUUUACAGAAUGAGCUUACCAAGAAAACCCUUUUGCAUCCUCCCUCUUUUCUUGACAAUCUUUGCAAAUCUUGAGCUCAUAGCUCACCCCAAAUCUGCACCAGACUACAACACAUUGGUCUACAAGGGUUGUGCCAAACAAUCCCUCUCAGAUCCAUCUGGGGUUUACUCCCAAGCCAUUUCAACACUCUAUGGCACCCUGGUUCAACAAUCUUCAAAAACCAGGUUCUUCAAAACCACAACAGGGACUUCUCAAACAACAAUCACUGGCCUUUUCCAAUGCAGAGGAGACUUAUCAAAUGUGGACUGUUACAACUGUGUGAGCAGGCUCCCAACCCUCACUGACAAGCUCUGUGGCAAGCCUGUGGCAGCAAGAAUCCAGCUCCUGGGCUGCUACAUGCUCUAUGAAGUUGCUGGGUUUGCUCAAAUCUCAGGCCUUGAGCUUUUGUACAAGACCUGUGGAGGUUCAAGUGCAGGAGGGACUGGCUUUCAAGAGAGGAGAGACACAGCCUUUUCGACACUCGAAAGUGGAGUCACUAGUGGGAAUGGCUUCUAUACAACUAGCUAUGAGUCCAUGUUUGUUUUAGGACAAUGUCAAGGUGAUCUAGGGACUUCAGAUUGUGGAAGUUGUGUUAAAACUGCAGUUCAAAGAGCUCAAGUUGAGUGUGGCAGCUCUAUUUCUGGUCAAAUUUAUCUUCACAAGUGUUUUAUUAGUUAUAGUUAUUAUCCCAAUGGGAUUCCCAAGAGAUCAUCACCAACCUCAUCUUCAUCUCCAUAUACUCCUACUUCCUCUUCUUCACCAGAUACACAGCAGAAUACAGGGAAGACAGUAGCAAUUAUAUUAGGAGGGGCAGCUGGAGUGGGAUUUCUAGUUAUAUGUAUGCUUUUUGCUAGGAGUUUAUUGAAGAAAAAUGAUGAUAAUUGAAAUAUGAGGAUGGCUUUGGUGAACUAAAGUUCAAUUUUGAGGUGGAUUAUUUCCUUUAUUUUUUGAGUAAUGAAAAAGAUGGCCAUAGAGGUGAAGAGCUUUUUGAGAUGGGGAUUGGAAAAUGUAUUGAUGGUGGAGAUGAGAUUGAGAAUGGAAGAUGAAAGAUUGUAGUAAUUGUUUAUUACAGAGUUUAACAGAGGAAGAGGUGUAAGAAUGAAUGUUUGUCAAAAAAGGACUAACAAAUUGGCCCUUCUUUUGCUCAUUGCAGGUUAUAAGUUUUGUCUUGUUCUUUUUCAUCUAUCUUCAAUAUUACUCUCUUCUUUCCCACUGA